AUGUUGUUUAGUAGUGGAUGUAUUGUUGUGCUUGUCUACCUCUUUCUGUCUCCAACAGUUCGUUCACGUAACCAUGCAGAAACUGAAAGCAGUAUGGAAAAAUCACUUAUUCGUGUGAUAUUGGAACGUUAUAAGCAAAAUGGUGUUGUUGGAAGACCUGUGAAUAAUAGUCGUGUGAAAAUGGUCGUUCAGUAUGGUCUCCAAAUGAUUCAACUCCUUGGGCUUGACGAAAAUAAACAAGUUUUAAGGACAAAUUGUUGGGCUGUAUAUAGAUGGAGUGAUUCUUUAUUGAAAUGGAAUGCAAGUCAGUAUGGUGGUAUUAAAGAAUUGAGGAUAUUUCCACAUCAAAUAUGGACACCUGAUAUUAAACUCUAUAAUUUUGCAGAUGAACGUUUACAAGAAUUUCGAGAAGGUCGUUUAGUGGUAGAUAGCAGUGGCAAUAUACUGUGGAUUCAGCAGGCAUUAUUCAGAAGCACAUGCCAAGUUGAAAUUACAUACUUUCCAUUUGAUAGUCAGGUUUGUAUGUUAGAGUUUGGUUCAAUGGCAUAUGACAAAACCCAAUUAGAUUUGGACUGGUGGAUACCAGAUGGCAGUGAUACGCCGAUGCCAUAUGUUGAUUUCUCAGAUUAUGUACCUGCGAAUGAUUGGUUUACAGAUGGAGAAGCAGAACGACAUAUUAGACAUGAAGAUCGAGUACAUCAGUUGAGGUCUGUAAAACGAUAUCGAGUUAGAGAACAUUUGAUUGGAUCAACGAAACAUGAAAGAUAUUAUCCAGUUCUACGUUAUUUAAUACGUAUUUAUCGUAAUCCAAGUUUUCACUUAUUUAUUUUAAUUGUUCCAUGUUUGUUAUUAUCACUGCUAAGUUUGGUGGUCUUUUGGUUACCACCGGACUCAGCCGCGAAAAUGAUGUUAGGCAUAAACAUCUUCGUGGGAUUUUUCGUAUUACUAUUACUAUUGGCGAAAUCAAUGCCUAGUGCAAUAAAAAAUUUCCCCAUAAUAGGUAUUUUCUUUUGCUUAAAUAUGGUCAUGGUCACAUUGUCAAUAUUUAUGGCUACUUGGGUAGUAAAUUUAUUUUAUAAAGGAAAUGAAGGUCAAGCAGUUCCAUUUUGGAUUCGUCGAUUUAUCAUUGAUGGAUUAGGUCGUAUGUUAGGAAUUCGGCAAAUAAUUCCAUUAAUUGAUAAAUCACAACGUUUAGAUCCAAAAAUAUCUUCUUUAAACAUUUCAAUAAGUGAAACUAAUUCAAUACAAAUGAAUUAUCAUGAUAAUUAUUCAAUGAUAAAUGAUGAUGAUAAUAAUCAAAUUAAUAAUUUUUCUAAUAAAAAACAAUUAAAUCACAAUAUUCAUUUAAUUAAUGAAAUAGUUUCUAAUCAUAUAAAUGAAAUGAAACAUAAUGAAUUAAAACAAUAUUCAUAUAAUAUAAAAGAAUUUUUACAACAUAUAAAUAUAAAACAAAUUAAAUCUUCACAUAAAAAUUCAUUAGGUACUGAAUGGCGUAUAUUGGCAUUAAUUAUUGAUCGUUUAUUUUUUAUUAUUUAUUUAUUUACAUUAAUUACUAUUGCUGGUAUUGUUAUUUUAAAAACUGAUUUGCCUGAUACAACAUUACAAUUAAUAAAUCGUAAUGUAGUUGAUCUACAAUAAUGUACACUUAUUAUUAAUACUGUUUUCGGUUUGAUAUUUAUUCCAUUUAAUCUGCAUUUUAUUCACGUAUAUUAUGAACAAAAUAGUUUUGUUUUUCUUCAUAUUGUUAUUUAUUGAUAUGUUACUUACUGAUUUUUAUCAUUCAUAAUACAUUGUAAUCAUUUACAUAAACUAAUCAAACAUUAGUGACAUUUUGUAAAAUAUUUACUCUUGAAUGUGUACACUUCCUUACAAUGAUUAGAUCUAGUAAUAGCCUAUGAUUAAGUUAGUGCUAAAUGUUUUUAUCCUUAAUAUAUUUACAAACCUAUUAUCAUUGAAUCAAAUACAUACAAAUAUUUCUGAAGUUACCUAAGUCAACUGUGAUCAUUGUUAAUAAGAAUCAAUUUGUAUUAACAUAUUCAUAUAUGUAAAAUACAUACUGUAUUAUAUACAUAAUAAAAUACGCAUUAAUUUGUAAUGCCGUAUUCUGGAAACAUUCACUAUCUGAAAUAUAUGUAAUUGUUUCAGUGGAUAACACUGAAGAAUAUUCACUCACCUUUUUUGACUGUAUUCUGAUGAAUUUUUAAAUAUAAA